AUGACAAACAUGCCAGGCAAAAUCACAUUCACUCGGUGUUACCUUGUGGAGGACACAGCGCCGUCAUCCGCUACGCCUACGGUAUCCUAUCAGAUAAAGGAUAAAACCGCUGCAGGUGAAGCGAUUUGUGCGGUGUGUGGAGAUGGACAUGCGAAACUUCACUAUGGGGUGCUCGCAUGUUACGGUUGUAAGGGAUUCUUUCGGCGAACAUUAACCGGAAAAUAUCGUUACGCGUGCAGAUUCGGCAACAAUUGUGUUGUUGACAAAUUUCAACGAAACAGUUGUCGUUAUUGUCGUUUCAACCGAUGUAUCGAAGUGGGCAUGGAUCCAAAAGCUGUGCGCCCUGAUCGAGAUUUAACUGGGAAGCAAAAAGUGCCGAGGAUAAGGAAGAAGCCUAUUGACGAGGAACUCCUGAGUCAUGUGUUGCGGUUACACGGAGAUGAUUGGUCCAGGAAAUUGAAUAACGAUACUCGGAUAUUGUUACUGCAGCUUAUGAACAUCGAGGCUAAGGUUGUAAAGGGAGAUAACAAUAUGAGCAGCAACAUGCAACCGCCAAGAGAUCCGAGAAAUAUUUCGCUGAAAGAGAUGUUCGAGCAAAAACCUUCGAUGGAUGGACGAAGAACUGAGAUGCGAUACGAACCGUUCCGCAUGGCCCGUACGGAAGAGUUAUCGGAAAUCGCUCAUCGUAGAGCAAUCGCAGCAGUGGACUGGGUGGAUAGUCUCACUGAGAUCGCGGAACUGCCGGAUACAGAGGACAAGGUGGCGCUUGUGAAGUCCUGUUACUCUCCGCUGACCAUCUUCAACUUCUCAGCUCGAACAGCUCAAAACACUCCUAACCCGGAUAUUUUAUGCUUGUGCAGUCAUUCCUACGUUCCGAGGCGCCUGCCUCCUGAAUUCAAUGAAACGAAUCAUCUUUCGAAUGUGCUCAUCGAUCGGACAUUGAAUGAACUCGUGGCUCCGUUACGGAAACUCAACCUCAAGGAGGAGGAGAUCGUUCCAUUGAAAGCGAUAAUUAUAUUGAAUCCUAAUGCCAAAGGGCUCUCGGAUCGUGCUAAAAUCGCCAUCGGUGAUUUGCGUGAUAAAGUUCAAGAUAUGUUAUUUCAAAUAGUCAAAGAACUGCAUCCGAUCUACACAGCCAGUAGUCGUUUCGGGAAUUUACUACUUUUGCUGCCAACAAUUACGACCCUUUCGGGGCUGAUGAGCGAGAACAUGCAAUUCUGCCAGGCGUUUGGGGGUCGACAAAGUGGUGAUCCGUUGUUGUCGGAGAUGUUUGGUGAUUUCAAAUCGAAAUUCGAUGAUUCCACCAUUUCAUCGUCUUCGAUAAGUCCACCGCUUUAUGAGAACCCGGCUGAAAUUUCGUUGGAGGAUUCCAUAUUCAAGUGCAAACAAAAAAUAUCCAUCCAAAAUAAAGGACAGAAACAGCACAGUAGUGGAGAGGUCACCACUAUGUGCAUGUGGUUAAUGGUUCGAUCCUAA